AUGGCUCCGCUCAUCCUCCUCUGCCUCGGCCUGCUCCUCGUCCUCCCGGCGAGUGGGAGGGCUGGGAAAGGUGACGUCAUCGACAUCACCGACAACAACUGGCGGGAAAUCCUCACCGGGGAGUGGAUGAUCAAAUUCUACGCUCCCUGGUGUCCGGCCUGCCAGAAGCUGCAGCCAGAAUGGAAGGAAUUUUCAGAGUGGGGAGAAGACCUCGGUGUCAGUGUUGCCAAAGUGGAUGUCACGGCUCAGCCAGGACUGAGUGGCCGUUUCAUCAUUACAGCCCUGCCUACUAUAUAUCACUGUAAAGAUGGGAUUUUCCGGAAGUACCAAGGAGCCAGAACACACAAAGAUUUCAUCAACUUCGUGAAUGAGAGAAGGAGUGGGAGGGGCUAGAACCCAUGUCAUCGUGGUUGAGCCCAGACUCUCUACUAAUGAGCGGCAUGUCAGCUCUGUUCCAUCUAUCAAUGUAUAUUCGGUACUGUCAUGAAUACUUCGUUGAGGAUUUGGGUAUUCCAGUCUGGGGAUCGUAUGUCAUAUUCGGAUUGCUCACUCUACUUCUAGGUCUCAUUCUUGGUUUGCUUCUGGUGUUUGUGGCAGAUUACCUGUGUCCAACAAAGAGGCACCGACCCCAGGGAUACCCGCAUCAUAAAAAACUGAGUCCCGAGGCUGCCAGAAUACUAAAACAGAUGGAGGAAGAACGGGAGAAGGAGGCAAAGUCUGACUCGGCGGACAAUGAGGAAUCGCCAGAGAACGAUCUCUCCAGGGAGAGUCUCCGGAAACGCACCGCAAAAUCCUAA